AGGCCAUGUUUCCUUUAUGAUGCUCUGUCAUGGUUCAGCGCAGUGAAUCAACCUCUCUUUCCAACAGUAUAAAGACAGUUUACAGUGUUAGUUGUGGUAACAAAUCGGGCACGUUGCAUCCUGAUCGAUUGGGAAGUGGAAGUAAAGGAAAGUGUAUUCACUGUGACAGCUCUAUCACAAAAUGGUUCACUCCUAAAGAAUUUGAGAAAUUCGGUGGCCGUGAAACCUCAAAGGACUGGAAAAGAAGUGUAAAACUCGAUGGAAAACCAUUUUACUUUUUUCUGAAUAGUGGCGAACUGAAAAUUCAUGCUUUCAACUGUUACUGUCAGAUUUGUAGCGGACAAGAUGGUGGGGAAAGUAGUGAAGGAACACCUGGACCUAUCAAGUUUUUCUGUCCACCUAACAGGAAGAGACGGGCUGAGGAUGAGCUUGCCAUGCCAUCAAUGGUAUCUCGCAGUCAGUCUGCAAGUGCCACAUGUUCAGGAUAUGAGACGGAUCCCAAUGAUAUGAGCCAGUUGUUGACUCUCAUUAGCCAGUCUAUUGAUAACGCUAACAAAAACGAUGAAAUCAAGAAUAGUGAUGAAGACGGUGAAAUUCCGGAAUGUUCAGGACUGGCGGUUGCUCCACAGCCGCAGAUUUCACCAGAGAUGGAAAAUCCAGGAAUCAUGCUAAGUCCUAGUUCAUCUGUUCCUAGUAACGCACAUAUUCACAAAGGCAUCAAAAUGACUAUCGAUCAGAUUUCCCGGAAGACUAAAAUUAUAGAGGAAGGAAUCUCAAGUUUAGCUGGUUUAUUAUCGGGCAUGAAGUCUGAAAUAUCGUCUCUGAAACAUUUGAUGAAUCAGUAUGAGAAAAGCACUGUUAGUCCAAGUCGUGCCUUUUCCAGCAACUUCAAAAGUGCAAUAACAGACACUUUGGCUCAAGUCCUGAGCCAAUCUGAACUUAAUAAAUCAAGAAAACGUGAAGACACGGGUCACUGUGCAAACUGCAACAGACCAGCUCCUUUCAAGUGCGGGCGUUGCAACCUCGUCCGGUACUGUUCAGAGUUCUGUCAGCAGAGGGACUGGCCGAUACACAACAAAAUCUGUGGAGCAAAAAUACCUGCCACUCCGGAGAGGAUGAACCAGGAUUCUUCUAGUGCUGAUGAAGUCAAGGACCGCUCCUCUACUAAUCAGGUUUUUAUUCUGGAGGAGGAAUGCAUUGAGGAGAUGGCAGAGACGCCGGCUACCAGUGCAAGUGAUGAUAGUGUGGCAUCUAAUGGUGUCAGCUCAAAUGGACUAGACGUAAAUCACGUAGAAUCUAAUCCUGUUGAUUGUGAAACUGAAGUGGUCGAGAUAAAAGUUGAAAAUAAUGACGAAGCAUGUGAUGACACAGUUGACAAUGGAUAACUCCAGUGUAUUAGUGUUGAGUUUGUUUCGUGCUUCAUAUGAAGGCCCUGGCAAGGGCCCAACAUUUCAUCUUAAAUUUGGCUUCCAGGCACCAGGUGAGCAAUGAUGUAGCCGGAAAAGGUUACACUCUAUUCAUUCCGAGUUAACGGUUACUCAUAACUCAAAUUCAUUUCAAUUCUUGCUACAUAUCCUGAAAUCAGUAAUCCGUACUAAGAAAAUUAAGCAGUAUCCUGAUAAAUAUUUCUGUUUUACCUUGAUAUCUUCAUGCCUAGUAGAGGGGUCAAGAAACCUACGGGGUUUCUGUCAAAUGUGGGGCUUUCUGUCAAGUGUCAUCCGGCUACUUUGUUAGAAUAGGCUCUUUCAGGUCUAAAAAUCAUAACGAAAAUUUGAAGACACUUCUAUUUGAAGACACUUCUAGCCAACUGAAUAUAUCUUCAAUUUUGUGUCUUAACAGAAAGUCUUGCUUAAAGGAAGAAGUGGGUGGUGGGGAGGGGGGGGGGGGAAGGGAGAAGAGAAAUGUGAGGGAGGGGUUCUGCCCUCUAGAAAGGGACAGAACCGAUAACAUUAUGCAAAUGAUUGAUGAUCGUUUGAACCGAAACUUGCUAUGAUAAGUAAGUUCGCAGUUUGAGAUCUAUUAUGAAAUUUUAUCACUAUUUUGUCAUUAUUAUAUCGGCAUAUGUUAUAUAUAAUUGCAAUUUAUUAAUGAUUUUUGCUUAUUUAAUCAGGAGUUAUCUAGUUAUGAUAAUCAAAGUAUUAUUUAUAUUUUUAUGUAAAUUUUUGCUGAUUUGUUGAACUUUUAAAAUUCACCAUGAUUCAUAUAUUUUUGGAAAGCCCAACUGUUGAUUCCAGUAUGAUCUCUUCAUGUUUUGGUUUAUGUUCAAAUGUUUGAGCACGAAAUUUGACGUUAUCUCGCAUUGAAAUAAUUGAAUUUAGCAGUCCUAUGAGUUUAAUCUCCUAUAAUAGUUCACAUAAAAAUAAAGAUUAAACAUAAAAUUAUGAUUUUUGAAGGUUAAUUAUCAAACUGCAAAUCCGGCUCUUUUCCUCCGUUACAAUACUCGUAUUUUGGAGUAAUUUAAAAAAACCAAGUUUGGGUGAAAUGUCUAGAUCAGCGUCAAACUCUGGAGCUGAUUAUGCUACUUACUUCUAGUUGUUAUUUUUUUUUGAGCUGCAAAGUUUUAUGGUUUAUAAUUAUUAUAAACUGUUUAUCAUCGAAAAUUCACACGAUAUUUUAUAUACAUUUUCAUUGUGUAAGUAAGAGUUGAGACGUUGAAAUUAUACUCGGCCAAUAAAAUUAAUAUAUGGUUUGAUACACUCAGAUUUCAUUCCAUUACUGAUUCUAUUGGGCUUUUUGGCAGAAUGGAACAAUUUAGACAUAAGGAUUUGGAUCCAGGAUAAGAUCGCAAAGAUCAGUACAAGGACCAAUACCUUGCAGGUCCCAAUUGUUCGAUUGUGCCGAAUAUCGGUUCUGUAAAAACUAUAGAUCAUGAACUUUUCAAGACACUGGAAAGUCUUUCUGACAUACGUCAAGCAUUUCAUUGUUUGAUCAUAUAAAUGGUGUGAGUGGUACCUUUGAGAAGAUUUUGCAUGGUUUUAUUUGUGAUCAGUAAAAUUUGUGUGGAAAUGAUGUCGAUGUAUUAUUAGUUAUAAUGUCGAACUGUUCUGACGUGUGAUGUGUCUUGUUUGCACUAUAAACGUUCGUGAAUCUUUUGACUCAGUCGUGACUGUUACAUGCAGAGAUAUUUAUUAUUGAUUUAUGCUUCAAA